AGAUGUGCCGUAACUUGGUCCCUUUGUGUUCUCGCAUCGCACUCCACUUGCUCCGGCGUCUCACUAAGCAGGACCCAUACUGGAAUCUGCCCUUCCUGGCAUUCCUUGUGGAGGUCCUCGAGUGCCUGGACUUGAGGGAAUGUGGUGGCAGUGUGCUGAAGGUCUUGUCAAGGUUCCUGUACAGCAAGUGCAGGGAGCAGCGUCGCCUGGCACUCAAAGGCCUCGUGGUGCUCAGCAAGAAUCCCUCAAUGGCCAGAAGAAUGGGCAGUCUGUCCCCAAGGCUUCUGGAGCUGCUGGAUGAUGCAGAUGGAGAGGUGGUCAGCAUGACCAUCCGUGUUUUCACGAAUGUUCUCCAGCACAAAGAUAUCCUGAUAUCCAGCACCACUGCCCCACAGCUGGCUGAGGCACUCCUGCUGCUCUUUGACCAUGAGAAUAGCCUUAUCCAAUUGCUCUCAAUUCAACUCUUCCGUAAAGUGAUGGAACUGGUAGUGGAUGAGGGAAAAAAGCCCCUGAAGACAAUUGUGAACAAGAGCCUCUACACACUUUUAAUUUACUGUCAUGAUGAGAACUGGGACGUGGCGGAGGCCUCUCGGGAAACACUGCUUCGAGUGGCUGAAUUCCUGAAGAGAAGGGAUCUCGAACAGUUCCUGAAGAAGCAGCCGCCCUUGAAAGUCGAUGAGGGCCCGCUGGCAGAGGACACGAGCCGAGCGGCCGAGCACCAGCGCCGGGUCCUGCGCUGCCUGCAGAGCCUACAGGAGUCCCUGCGAGAGGCGGCCUUCAGGAUCAUGGGGAUGCCCGGGCGGCGCCUGAGGAGGCAGCAGGAAGAGCUCCAGCUCAUCUGGAAUGCCCUUCAAGCCCGGAGGCAAGGUGCCAGCCCAUCGUCCUCUAGCCUGGAAAAUCAAGCCCGAUUUCCCCAAACAGCUGAAGAAGUAGGGACAUCAUCUGGAUCCAGUGAACCGGUGUCCCAAGAACAGCACCAGGAGACACUGAAGAGGACAUCACCUCCAAGCGCAGCUGGAGCUCCUGUGUGUUUGCUCACCCCAUGGAACAUUGCAUCUCUAAAGGGGUACUAUGCCCUCUUUCACCUGCAUGACUUCGUAAGGCUGAUCCUGGAAUUUCUCUAACCUCCUUCCUUGGCUGGAGUUUCUCUCUGGAGUGACCUUCUCGGUGGUCAUUACAAAAAAGACUCUCCAUUCACCGUAUAUCAACUACCAUGACAAAUGGACUGAGAUGGGAGAAGGUUCUCCCAUCAAGGACUGAGACAUACAACCCCUAUAUGGAAAAGGUCCCCCUUCUUUCCCAAAGACUGAGACUGAAAUCCCUAGCAUGGGGGGAGGGAAAGUGUGCCUGGGGAAGGCCAGGUGACUAAAGCAAGUUUGCAAGUGACCACUGGACCGAGAAGACAAUGGUUCUCAGCUACUGCUGAUGGACUUUUUGUACGCCUACUGCUGAUGGACAUUUUGCACCCUUUUUCAAUAGCCUAUUUUGAAAUGUGACCCCCUUCCCCCAAUCAAAAAAGACUAUAAAAGAGGUUAGAGCUGAAUGAUACCUUUGAGAACUGCCCUGACGUGAAGACGGCAGGCUCCGUCAACUGGACUUGGAAGGAUCCCAUGUCUGGUGGCUAUACCCCUCUUUCCUUUUCUUUCUCCCUCUUUUUCCUUAUUCUUUCCCUUCUCUUAAUUCCCCUUCUCCCUAAUGCUUUUUGCUGUGGUUAUCCAAUAAAAGUACACUUGUUUUGAUUUUUACUGCAAAA